CCAUGCUGGCGACUUUCAUCACCACUGGCUGCGACACGAAUCCGGACAGCAAGACAGCGGAGCAGUACAGCGCGCGAAACCGAUUCGUGAAGGAGCUGACAGCGUUGGGGAUCACUUUCGACCACUAUGGGGGAUGCAAGUACGGGACGGACGCCAAUGCCACGCAGCUGCCGCCGCCGCACAAGGCCGGCACGCACUAUCACGGGCUGGAGGCACAGCGGCGAAAGGUGCAGCUGCUUAAGCAGUACAAGUUUGUGCUUGGGCUGGAGAACAUUGUGCAGGUGGACUAUGUCACAGAAAAGUUCUACCAGCUCUUUGCCACCGGGCGGGUGCCGGUGUAUCUGGGUGCGCCGAAUGCCGGCGCAUACGCGCCCCCGGGAAGCUUUGUCAAUGCCCUGGAAUAUUCCCCUCGCCAGCUGGCGCGCCUUCUCAGGCACCUGGACUCUGAUGACAGGGCCUACAACUCCUACUUCAGCUGGCAGCUGGGCUAUGACGACCCAAUCCUGCCGCAUUUUAGUCAUGUAUUAGGUGAUAAUUUGUUGUACGGGCGUAGAAGAGACGGGAUGGAAUGGGUGUGCAAACUUUGCCAGCUGUUCCAUAAGUACUAUGACUGGCCCAAAGAGCGCAGUAGCAAUGUUACCGUUAGCUGAGAGAGUUGGCAAUUUUGUGGCGUUGUUCAGUUUGUUUGGAUGACUGAUCUUGAGUGUUUUGUCACGUUGAUGUUGAAAAUUUGCUGGAUCUGUUACAGUGGGGCUUGGGCAAGAUUUUUCUAGAAGUUUCUCUGAUCACAACACUUUAUAACAGGUAUCGUCACAGUUUGGCUGCAGCGGUUGGCUUGCACUGAUACGUAUGGCUAUGAAUAGAAAUGUACAUGUAAGGCAAGAGUAGUCAUGACAUC